GAACGCUCUCAUUAUAAUCAACCAACCUGCGCGCGCGCUUGCUGAAUAUACAUCUUAUUUGAUUCAUAUGGACGCGUUGUAGUUUUGACGCGUCGCUCGCAGGGUGUUAUUUGUCGGUCUCCUCUCAAUCAGACUGAUCAGAUGUGACCACCUGUGAUGUGUGCAUGACUCACAAGAGCCUGUUGCUCGUGCUGUUUAUUACUUAAUGUGAUUUUUUUUUUUGGAGCGACCUGUGAUUAUGCGCGCGACUGGAUGAUGAUAACCAUCAGGUUUUGAGUCUUUGCGUGUUAUUGAUGAUGAGGAGGACACUUUGAUGCAUUUAGUUGCAUUUGUAUUUUUCUCUCUUCAUCCUCCGGCUGCAUCUGAUGAAGUUUGGGCUCGUUUGAGAUGCACUAUGUGAUGCAUUUGUGAUUCAGUCAUUGGCGUGUCAGUAGAAGAAUACCGAAAGCAAUAUUUGCAUUAUUUGUUUCCGCGAUGUCAAUCAAAAAAGCAACAUUGACGGAGAAUGGGGUUAAAAACGGAACAUCAAGAAAUGUGCUGGAACGAUGCGCCUCGGUCAAUGAGUAUUUUGAUAUUUCAUUCAAGGUGAUGCUGCUGGGAGACUCUGCAGUGGGGAAGACCUGUGUGCUGGUGCGCUUUAAAGAUGGCGCCUUUUUGGGAGGCAACUUCAUUGCCACAGUGGGGAUAGACUUUAGGAAUAAGGUGGUGUCUGUGGAUAAUGUGAAGGUCAAACUCCAGAUGUGGGACACAGCAGGUCAGGAGAGGUUCCGUAGUGUUACUCAUGCAUACUACAGAGAUGCUCAGGCUUUACUGCUGCUAUAUGACAUCACAAGAAAGUCCUCUUUUGACAACAUUAGAGCCUGGCUGACUGAAAUCUAUGAGUAUGCACAGAAGGAUGUGGUCAUCAUGUUGCUUGGCAACAAGUCAGACAUGGCAGCUGAGAGGGUCAUCACACAUGAGGAGGGGCAGAAGCUGGCUAAGGAAUAUGGAGUUCCUUUCAUGGAGACGAGUGCCAAGACUGGUGCCAAUGUGGAACUCGCUUUCCAAGCCAUAGCAAGGGAACUGAAACAGAGAAAUGCCCAGCAGCCACACGAGCCCAAGUUCAAGAUCCACGAUUACAUCGAGUCACAGAAGCAGAAGUCCAGCUGCUGCGGCAGCCUUAUGUGACCCAACUCCACUUGUUCAUCAACACAAGAGAUAUUUGUAUACAAUUACUUGUGUGUAAGAAAUGUGCAGUGUUCUGAUGUGUCUGUUCGCUUUAUAGUCAGGAAUAUACAGCCAAAUACUGCAGGAUUUAAUGAGGUACAUCAUAGUAAUAAGAGUCAUGAAGGUGAUUUAUCCAGGUGUAUACAGUAUUCAGGUGUGUCCGAAUAUUCCAGGUACCUUUGUUUGUGUAAUGUGAUUCCCAGGCUUUCUCUAAUGAUUAUGGUCUAUAUUUACACAUGUAGUAAUGUAACUAUUAUUAAAUGCAUAAUGCAAAUGUGCUCUAAAUGGGCAUUGUAGUGGUUUUUAAAUCAAAUUCUUUCAAAUGUAUGUUUAAAUGUCAAAAUGUCAGCAUACAGUGACCCCAAAGUAUGCGGACAAUUAAGCUGCACUUAAAAAUGAAUGGCUGUCUUUGCAUAACAAAAUAUGAAACCAAGUGGAAUUUAUUGAAUAGAUCGCACAAGCACACUUAGAAGCAAAGAAUUGGACAAAGAUACAUAUGUAUUUCAUAUGAAUGAAUAAACAAUAUAAAUGAUUCAAAAUGAAAACAGAAAUGUAUGGUUGUCAAACAUUAGCGGAAGGUAUAUUUAAUGUGAAUUAGCCAGAACGAUCGUAUUUCGGCCAAAAUGACGUCCCGUAUUUUUUGGGCGGCAAAAACAACAACAAUAACAAAAAAGCUCGUGGCAAAUGACAGCAAAACGGUAUUGUGUCACGUAUUAAAGCGGGAAAACGCUCAGGCGUCCUGUAUUUGCGGGGCUGGAAGUUUUUCUGAGAGAAUAUAGCAUAAUUUGUUUGCGGAUGCAACUUGGUUUGAUAUUUUGUUGCGUAUUUAAGUGUCAAAAGUCUCCAAAUAGUUUUUGGGGCCACUGUAUGUUAAAUAUAUGUUUACAAUCGGUAUAUAUUGACUUAUAAAGAAACCUAGCACAGCUUGACUGAGUCAGGCCUGAUCAAAACUCAGUACGUGUUUGUUUUUGCCUUGCGCAUGCGCAUGUCACACUCACUCAUACCUGUCGCAUUCACUGUAUGGUCUGGCACAGAUAUUGAAAUGAAAUAAGCAUAUGAAUCUGCUACCGAAAUUAAUGGUAAAAUAUUUAUGAUUCGUCUCGUGCGAACACUUCACGUUUGAUGUCACUCCAGUUUUCACAGUGAUCACAAAGUGCCAUGAGAAAGUCAUUGUUUUAGCACAGGCUAUAUAUUGUACCAACACUUGUUUUUUUAAGAGGGAUAAAAAAUUUUUUUUUAUUUAUUUUUUUUUUUUUUUUUUCAUUGUUUUGUAUGAUUAAUAUUUAAAGCCACAGGGUGGCAGUGUUACACACUGAGAAUUGCAAAUAAAUAAAUAGCUUAAUUUUC